UUGGAAACCUAGGAGCCGGGUGCGGGAGAGGGACGCACAGCGCCGGGCCUCGCCCUCGGCGGUCCCUCCCUCCUCCUCCUCUCCCCGCCUCCGAGGUCCCGCCCCGCCCUCCCCAGAGGAGCUGUCUCUCCGCCGAGCGUCUUCUGUGCUCUCUCCAUUGUCUCUGUCUUUACAACAGGUUUGGGCGCUGGGAAGACGGGCGGGUGCGGGGCUGCCCCAUCCUAGGCUUUUUGGGGGGCCGCCUCCCUCCUUCCGGGUGUGCGUGCCUUCUGCUGCCUUUAUUCCGGCUCAGGAGCUAAUUUCCCCGCAAAGCAGCCUCCGGGCAAGUCUCCCCCUGCUCUGGGCCCCCUCCCAGCCGGCCCGCUGCCUGGGCGCUGCGUGUGGGAACGGUGUGAGCUUGGAGGGUCCAAGUUCUUCACGUGCCAGGGGGUCCUCCCUUUUCUGUUUUAGGCAACCAAACCGUACUAAUCCUACUAAUCUGUAAAUCCGAGGCAGCGGCUGGAGAGACAAACGCUAUUUUCCCGCUUGAUUCCAAGGACUGCUUCAAUUUUUAUUUUUAUUUUUAUUAAGAGGGGGACGAUGGACUGAGCAGAUCCACGCCAUGGAGUCUCGGGUCUUACUGAGAACCUUCUGUUUGAUCCUGGGUCUCGGAGCAGUUUGGGGGCUUGGUGUGGACCCUUCCCUGCAGAUUGACGUCUUAACAGAGUUAGAACUUGGGGAGUCCACGACCGGAGUGCGCCAGGUCCCCGGGCUGCAUAAUGGGACGAAAGCCUUUCUCUUUCAAGACACUCCCAGAAGUAUAAAAGCAUCCACUGCCACAGCGGACCAGUUCUUUCAGAAGCUGAGAAAUAAACAUGAGUUUACUAUUUUGGUGACCCUAAAACAGACCCACCUAAAUUCCGGAGUUAUUCUCUCCAUUCACCACUUGGAUCACAGGUACCUGGAACUGGAAAGCAGCGGCCAUCGGAAUGAAGUCAGACUGCACUACCGCUCUGGCAGUCACCGCCCGCACACGGAAGUGUUUCCGUACAUUUUGGCUGAUGACAAGUGGCACAAGCUUUCCUUAGCCAUCAGUGCCUCCCAUUUGACUCUACACAUCGACUGCAAUAAAAUAUAUGAAAGAGUGGUGGAAAAGCCCUCCACAGACUUGCCUGUAGGCACAACGUUUUGGCUGGGACAGAGAAAUAAUGCACAUGGAUAUUUUAAGGGAAUAAUGCAAGAUGUGCAAUUACUUGUCAUGCCCCAAGGAUUCAUUGUUCAGUGCCCAGAUCUUAAUCGCACUUGUCCAACUUGCAAUGACUUCCAUGGGCUUGUGCAGAAAAUCAUGGAGCUGCAGGACAUUUUGGCAAAAACAUCAGCCAAGUUGUCUCGGGCUGAGCAGCGAAUGAAUAGGUUGGAUCAGUGCUAUUGUGAAAGGACUUGUACCAUGAAGGGAACCACCUACCGAGAAUUCGAAUCCUGGACAGACGGCUGUAAGAACUGCACAUGCUUGAAUGGAACCAUCCAGUGCGAAACUCUGACCUGCCCCAAUCCUGACUGCCCACUGAAGUCGGCUCUUGCAUACGUGGAUGGCAAGUGCUGCAAAGAAUGCAAAUCAAUAUGCCAAUUUCAAGGGCGAACCUACUUUGAAGGAGAAAGGCAUACAGUCUAUUCCUCGUCUGGAGUAUGUGUUCUCUAUGAGUGCAAGGAGCAGACCAUGAAGCUGGUUGAGAGUUCAGGCUGUCCAGCUUUGGAUUGUCCGGAGUCUCAGCAGAUCACCUUGUCUCAUAGCUGUUGCAAAGUUUGUAAAGGUUAUGACUUUUGUUCUGAAAGGCAUAACUGCAUGGAGAAUUCUGUCUGCAGAAAUCUGAACGACAGGGCCGUCUGCAGCUGUCGAGAUGGUUUUAGGGCCCUUCGAGAGGACAACGCCUACUGUGAAGACAUUGAUGAAUGUGCUGAAGGGCGCCAUUACUGCCGGGAGAAUACCAUGUGUGUCAACACCCCGGGCUCCUUCAUGUGCAUCUGUAAAACUGGAUACAUCAGGAUUGAUGACUAUUCAUGUACAGAACAUGAUGAGUGUGUCACAAAUCAGCACAACUGUGAUGAAAAUGCUCUGUGCUUCAAUACUGUUGGAGGACACAACUGUGUUUGCAAACCAGGCUAUACGGGGAAUGGAACCACGUGCAAAGCAUUUUGCAAAGAUGGCUGUAGGAAUGGAGGAGCUUGUAUUGCUGCUAAUGUGUGUGCCUGCCCACAAGGCUUCACUGGGCCCAGCUGUGAAACAGACAUUGAUGAGUGCUCGGAUGGCUUUGUUCAGUGUGACAGCCGGGCCAAUUGCAUUAACCUGCCUGGUUGGUACCACUGUGAGUGCAGAGACGGCUACCAUGACAAUGGAAUGUUUUCCCCCAGUGGAGAGUCAUGUGAAGAUAUCGAUGAGUGUGGGACCGGCAGGCACAGCUGCACCAAUGAUACCAUUUGCUUUAACUUGGAUGGUGGAUACGAUUGCCGAUGUCCUCAUGGAAAGAAUUGUACAGGGGACUGCAUCCAUGAUGGGAAAAUUAAGCACAACGGUCAGAUUUGGGUGUUGGAAAAUGACCGGUGCUCUGUGUGCUCAUGUCAGAAUGGAUUUGUGAUGUGUCGACGGAUGGUCUGUGACUGUGAGAAUCCCACGGUUGAUCUUUUUUGCUGCCCUGAAUGUGACCCAAGGCUUAGCAGUCAGUGCCUCCAUCAAAAUGGGGAAACCUUGUACAACAGUGGGGACACCUGGGUCCAGAGUUGUCAACAGUGCCGCUGCUUGCAAGGGGAAGUGGACUGCUGGCCCCUGCCUUGCCCAGAGGUGGAAUGUGAAUUCAGCGUGCUCCCGGAGGGUGAGUGCUGCCCGCGCUGUGUCACCGACCCCUGCCAGGCCGACACCAUUCGCAAUGACAUCACCAAAACUUGCCUGGACGAGAUGAAUGUGGUGCGCUUCACUGGCUCCUCGUGGAUCAAACAUGGCACGGAGUGCACUCUCUGCCAGUGCAAGAAUGGCCACAUCUGUUGCUCAGUGGAUCCACAGUGCCUUCAGGAACUGUGAAGUUAACUGUCUCACGGGAGAUUGCUGUUCAAAGAACGUUCUUUUCAUUAAAAAGACCAAAAAAUAAAAAUAAAAUAAAAAGGUUAAACCUUAAAGUGGAUGAUUUGUGGGCAGCUAGGUGCAGCUUUGUUAAUAGCUGAGUGAACUUUCAAUUAUGAAAUCUGUGGAGCUUGAGAAAAAUCACAUAAGGAAAAUUCUUGGGGCAAAACUAGGCCAGAAUUCUGUCUCUACUGUGUCUGACAUCACCGUGUGGAAGAACGGGUGUGGAACACACACCGUGACUUCAUGACCCCUGGAUACACAGCCUGGACCCGGCAGAGCUCUGAAAGCCUCUAGCUUCACUGGUGCAGAAAAUUUUUCUCUAGAUCAGAAUCUUCAUGAAUCAGUUAGGGUCCUCACUGUCUAAAAGAAAACGCCAGGCAGUGAAUGAAUUAUAUUUUCAGAAGCAAAGCAGAGAAGCUAUAACGUGUUAUGUACAGUAUACACUCUGAAAAGCAACCUGACACAAGUUAUUGUAAUGAUAAAAAUAAUGCACAGGCAUGGUUACUUAAUAUUUUCUAACAGGAAAAGUCAUUCCUAUUUCCUUGUUUUAAUGCACUUCAUAUUAUUUGGUUGAAUUUGUUCAGUAUAAGCUCGUUCUUGUGCAAAAGUAAAUAAAUAUUUCUCUUACCUUAU